AUGGCAGCUAGAAGCGUGGAGCAGUGGCUAGCGCAGUAUCCUGCUAAGCCUAUGAUGAAGGUUCGAAUCUUUGCCGCUAUCGUUUUUUGCCAUUAUUUUUUUGGACGGAUUAUGAUGAACAUGUCGAAAUUUCAGUAAAAGGUUUGAUAUUUCUAGAAGUGUUUUUAUUUUCUUUUUUUCAUUCUCAAUUUGAAGUUUCGUAGUCGAGCAAAAAUUGUCGUAUUUGCUAUUUCAAUUUCUUUUGAUAUCGAAAUUCUUUGCGAUAACCACGUCGACAUCGCCUGAUAAACUGUUCUUUGUGGUUUCCUUCCUGUUUUCGAGCAGCAGAGACUAUCUUUGCUGACAUUUAAUAUAUAUAUUUGUUUAUAAGAUUGACAUUUACGUUUCUUUAUCGUUAUCAGUAGCGAAGGCGAAAUGAAUUCCGGCUUCAGCUCAUUCCAAAAUUUUUUUUCAAAUCGUGCAGGUUAGGGAAAGCCAUUUUGACAAACUUCAAUUAAUUUAUAGACAUAAUAAGCCUUCUUUAUACGAGCAACUGGAGAACUGCCGACCUCUCAAACAUAUUUGACAGCAUACAUCCUUUAUUAUAGUCAAUGUUUCCCGACUUGAAAGGCGAAGGAGGCGGUGCAAGGGGCGGGACGCGUAGCGUGUGCGUUCGCGGUUCUUGGCACGUGUUCAAUUCAACCGCCAUCGACUCUUUGAAAAGCCCGUUUUUCGCUUUUUUCAUUCCUUUUUCAAUCAUUUAUUGAUUAUGUUCAUGUGUGCAUCAAAAAAUAGUAGAAAACAUUGAAAAAGAGCGGUUGCCGAGCUUUUUAGAUAAUCGGCGGCGAUUGAAUUGGACUCGUGCCAAGAACCGCGAACGCACACGCUACGCGUCCCGCCCUUUGCCGCGCCUCCCUCCCCUUUCAAGUCGGUAAACAUGGACUAUAUCAAUUUUUCUCUUUUAAAAAAACUUCAAUAUACAAUGUUUAAGUGUAAAAUAAGGUAUUGGCCAACUCAAUUUCACCCAAUUAGGAUCACUACGCGCAAUUGAAAUAGGAAAAAAAGCGAUGCUGCAAGUGGGCGGAGCUCAGCGGUCAAAAACAUCCUUUUUUCUUUUUUGAAACCGCAUAUAUUCUUCAGGACCUUUAAAAAAACAAUUUUUUUCUGCCUCAAGACCUUUAUCAGAUUGGUUUAUGUUUUUUUUUUGAAUUCUGGCAAAAAUUUUCGAAAAAUCUCAACUUUGGAAAUUUUUCCAAUUCACUAGGCGAAGACUCGAAAAUUUCCUUUUUUUAAUUUACAUAUUCAAUGACGUCAUGGGAAUCUGAAAUGAAUAGUUUCACUCAAAUCUCCUUUUUCGGCGCUAUCAGCACUUCCUUUUCUAGAAAAACACUAGUAUGAGUGAUUGGAAGAGUCAGAGAUAAAGAGUGGGUUAGAAAGGUAGAGGAACAUCACACUAAACUUUGUUUCCAAUAAAAACCAAGGUGUAAUUUUCAUCAGAGUUUUCUGGAGUUUUUUUCAAUUUUCAAAAUAGUCUCUUCUCCUUUUUUUUUCUUUUAUAUUAUAUUUUUAUCAUUUCCAUUCCUCGACAGCUUGUGAAAUUUGUUGUAGGGACGUCUAAACCUCUUCUGUCCGCUCACUAUUUUUUUAGAUUCGUCUAAAGAUCUUCUUUCAAAAAGGUUCUGGAUACUGGAUAAACGAAAGAUCUUUUUCGUGAAGUUUGAAUUUUUUUUUCACCUUUAAUGGAUAAACUAAAGAUAUUUUUUCGAAAACAUAUUUUUAAUAUUGGAUCUUUAUUUUUUUUUUAUUAAGAAACUUUUGAGGGGUCCCUAUAGGGUUUUUUUAUAGGUGCCCUCAAAAUUUUGACCCCUAUUGGGGUUACUAAAACAAAGCCUCUAUAAGGAUCCCUCCAGAAUCCCUCAGUACCUUUCCAGAUUUAUUUAUUUAUUUAUAUUUUCCAGAUGAGUUUCAUUUGGAAUGCUUUCGCCGCGAGGACAGUUGUCGAUGUACUUCUCGAAGAAUUGGUUUUCCUUUCCAAAAAAAAAGAUAAAAUGGUUGAAAGUUUUCAGGACGGUACAAAUGACCAAAUUCGAGAGAAUGAAAAGAAAGCUCAAAUGAUAAGAGACAGGUAAAAAAAAUCAAUUGAAAGAAAUAAUGAAGUAUUUUCAUUCAGAAUAAACUCCCAGGCAGAAUCUUCGAGAAAAUUGAGGGACAUCCAAGAAAAAUCGGCCCGAGAACAGGAAAAAGAUGCUCGGCGAGCAGCUCAGCGACUCCGCGAGUUCGAAAAAGCUCAACACGAAGAAAAUAUGAAGGAGAAGUUUCGACUGAUGGAUCUGCAAAGAGAAGAAGACCGAAAAGCGAAUGAGGAAUUUAUGAGGAAGUUGGAUAUGCAAAGGGAAUGGGCUUCGGACCAGGAGACGAAGAAUCUCCAAGAACGGCUGCUGAUCUCGAAAAGAAAUCAAGAAUCAGUUAUUCAAAAAGAAAAAGAGCUCCUGAAGAAGCAUUCCGAAGCCAUGGAGGAGCGGAGGAAAACGACGAAAAUGUUGGACGAAGAAGCUGAGGAAAACCGGAAGAAAUUCCGGGAAGCAGAAGAAGCGGCGUCGGCGGAGAGGAAGAAGGAAGUCCGGGAGAUCGAUGAAGUAAAUUCUAUUCAGAUUUUGAAUUUGAAGUCAAGCUCCGCCCUUAAAGGCAUAGGGGCAGUAAAAAAUGGUGUUUCAGGUGAAAGCAGUAUCUUAUACAGCUUUUCUUUGCGAAUCGAAUGGUGUACUCAAAAAAAAUUAAAGAUGUGACAACUUUAGAAGAAAAACGCGAUUUUACUUUCCCGCCUUUAAUUUUGAAAAAAGCUUUGGAUCGGUCUACGGACAAAUUUUUACAGUAGCCGUGCACGCGAUGUUGCGGACGUCUCAUUAGACUCGCAUUUUGUGUGAAAUAACCGGUUAUCUGCUUCAAAUUAAGGGUUUCUUCUCUGAAAAAAAUCGAUUAAGAAAAACAGAAAAACACAUUGAUAAUAGAGAAAACAUAAAUAAUCGCUAUCCCAAUCGAAACCUGUGUAAAAUCAUCAUUUUUUUUACCAGGGAAGCUUUUUUGCAAUCAAAGUUUGCAAAUAAUACAUGAAUAGAAAGCUUUUGUGACGAAAAGAACUUUGAUGACAACAGAAAAAAUUGAAAUUUGAAAGAAACCAAGAAAAAAGCGAAAAUCCGGAAGAUGGCGAAGCCUGCUGUCCAUAGAGCAACUUUACUGCAAAGCGCCCUUUUUGGCGGCAACUCAAACUUUCUUUUCUCCGACUUCGAAUAAUUUUUUCUUCAAAACUAGGAAGUUCUGUACGUUUCCAAGUUCACCGUUCGAUUCGCGAUGAAAAACUCUACACAUUACUUCUUUGAACUGAAACACCGUUUUUUACUGCCCCUAUGCCUUUAAUGGCGAAUCAGAGAGCGAGCUAUCCACAGAGCGUUUUCAAAUGAAGUCUUUGUACUGAACAUCCAAAAAUCUGUAAAGAAUAAUAACUACCUUUUUUUAAAUAAUCGCCCCCCGCUCUCUGAAAAAAAUGCAAUGAAAAGGGCUUGUUGGUACAGGAAUUUCACGUUUUUUUCUAUUUCUUGUAAUUUUCAUCAGUAUUGCAGGACCUUCCAAAGCUUUCACACUGUUUUAUCAAAGACAGCGCGUCUUUAUAUGAAAUUCAAAAAAGGGGCGGAGCUUCACAUAUAUUUUAAUAAAAGGUCUUAGAAAGUCAUGUACUGCCAGUGUCCAAACUUUCACCGAUUAGAAAAAAAAAACAUGAAAGUCUUGUACCUCGGGCGAAACGGAAAAGCUUAUUUCAAAAGAAAAAGAGCUUCUGAGGGUCUCCAACAGACAUUUUUCAUUCCCUUGAAAAAGGACUCUUUUUUCUUCGCGCUUGGGAAUUUCUGAAAAUGGGCCAGAACGCUCCUUGAUGUACCAGAAGAAGAUUCUGAAGGUUUCAACCUGCAAAACUUCCUUGUUUUUGAGAAAAAGACGCCUCAAAGUCAAAGGAAACCCCAAAAAUCCAUAAAAAUAGGCUGUUUCCGGGCUUUGAGACGUUAUUUCUCGAAAACUAGGAAGUUAUGCAAGUUGAGAUUUUCAGGAUCCGCAUCUGGUACAUCAAGAAGUGUUCUGGCCAAUUUUCAGAAAAUUCCCAAGUGUUAAAUCAAAUGAGCUCCCCUGUUAGCGGAACCUUUUGAACAGCGGGUCUCAAAGGAACUUUUCCGUAUUAUCUAUGUCCACCAAGCGGAGAAGUUUUUCAAAUGAAUAAAAUUUCAGGUCUACACACAGAACAUGAACCUGAUGAUCAACCAAUAUCAAACGUUAAGCCUUGAAAACUUGGAAGCUCGGGACAAGUUGCUCAAAGAGGUAGAGGAGCGACAAGCCGUCCUGAACUCACAAAUGAAAGAGUUGGUGACGGUUUCCUUCGCGUCUGCUCAAGAUUCCCACGAUGCGCGGCUUUUGGAACUGAUCCAAGAGAUUCAGAGUUGCUCAAACGACUUGAGCUUCAAGGUCGUGGCUCUGCAGAAGGCGGUCAGUUGGAACAAGUCUGGAGUUCUGGAGAAUUCUUUGAAAAUCACAUUUCAAAAGCAUGUUCAAGAUGGGAACCUUUUGAAAACCUUGCAAAUUUUUAUCACAUUAAACACCUUGAUUGAAAAAUUGAAAAGAAAUGAAUUUUUUUCUGUUGAGUUUGAUGACCAUUUCCUGAAAUCAGGAUUUGUUCGCUGGCGCGGAGAAAAUUUAUUAAGUGGCCACUAGAAAUGGCCAGAAAUCCGGAGCACGUCCUUUGCGCGUUACAAAUAUCUGAGAAGCUUCAAUUUCUUUAAUUUUAUUGGAAAAAUGAAAAAUUCAUCAAAAAAUCUAUCAAAUCUGGUUGUUUUUUGAACUUUAUAUUGAUAAAAAUCUCCACAGAAAAAAGUUUUUGCGAUGGAGCGCACUUGUGUCCAGUCUCAAUUUUGCAACCCAUUUCAUUACAGAUAAUCUUCUACAACUUCUCGAUUUCCUCAAACUCUCAUGCCGGUUAUGCGGAUAUUCUUUUGGUAUAAAAUUUAUUAAAUCGGGACGGAUACUGUUAAUUUCAGUUGGAAGCUGAGAAACUAGAAAAAGAAUUGGAAAAUCUACGAUCGAAAUGUGUCAAGUUACAAAGCAGUUUGAGCAAUCAUUCGAUGAGGGAAAGUCUUCUGGUGAGUGGAAUGUUGAGGAUCAAUAAAUAUGAGAAUGGUUGAGGAAAGCACGAAAGAGAUUAAUAAAGCGGUGAGAGCCGUCAACGACCCGAUAAUAGGGAUAAUAAGGAUAGCGAAGGUAAGUAAGAAAUUACUGUAAUAGGGGAAGACAGGCUUGGGUCGGGCGGGCUUGGGACAAUAGAAUUUCGAUCAAAAAUUUUCAUCCUUGACUUUUAAACUCAUUUUACUAGUUUAAUCAUGGUUCAUUUUGAAUUUAAUGUGAAAAAUGAGCCAAAAAAACGAGAUCUUUUUUUCGUGAAAAAAAGCCCUAUAUUACACUUGGAAAAAAAGCUUGCAAUUAUUUUUGAAGGGGGGCGAUAGGCUGACGGACCGCCCGUCGCACAAGCCCAGGGAAGAGUUAUAAAGUGUUUUCAGAAACGGGAGGAAGUGACGAUUGACGAAAAGACGAUUGGAAAUCUGGUCGGCGAAAUCAAUGCCAAGAUUGCGGGAAUGCCGGAGUUCUACAACAAGACACACGCUUUAAAUUAUAUUUUGCCUCGUUAA